AUGUCAGAGUCUCAGCCCGCCGAUGGCUUGCAGCCUGACCAUGAUGUCACGCUCGUUGACGACAGCGGCCCAGAGGCUGAGGUGGUGUCCGAUGGUUCCAGCCUGAAGCUGGACUUGGACGACAGCGACGAGGGUGCUGCUGAGGAGGGCGGGGAGUCCGAGGUACAGGUCAGUAGGUCUUCUUCCGACUCCGAAGGAUCCGAAGGCUCCGCCCCAAUCGAGCAGACGCCGAAGAGGGCGAGAAAGGCGACUUCGGCGAAGAAGGAUGAGUUGCUGCCCGGGCCGCGGUGCGUGGACGACGCGCUGCGCUGGCCAGACAUGUUGAAGCGCGCCUUCGACGUCAGCGCCAGCUCUGGCAGCUCUGGCAACGGAGAUCAGGCGAUGUGGGAUCAGUUUGUCCAGAACGUGAAGCUAUUUGGCAUUGAGGUCUCCACGGAGUUUUCUGGUUCUGGCAUGGCCGAGAUCUCUUGCGGUUACCUGGGCAGCCUCGUGGAGCAGGGCCUUUCGGAUGAAGAGAAGGUUGCCGGGCGGUGCAUGGGGUUCACGUUCAAACGAUCGGGGGACCUCUUGCAAAGUUGUCGCAAAUUGUUGGCCCACAACCAAUUUACCAAGGGGCGCUGUUGCAUCUUCGGAGACGUGCUGACCAGGAUGAAGGACGCCUUCAAGCUGGAGGUCAACCGUGUGAUUGCGGAUCACAAGGACGAGGACCUCGACCUCGGGCAUGGCACCAGGAGCAUCGAGGAUGAUCUGCUCAAGGCCCUGAUGAAUGCCCAGAGCGCCUACGGCCGCAACAUGCGCGCUGUGCGCGCGUGGUGCUUCAAGUGCGAGAAGACUUGCACUGUCUUUGGGGAGGAUUGCGAUAAUGGGCCCCGGCCCCCAGAGGUGGGCCGCAUCAGAGUCCACGUUGCAGGUGUGAUAUGCACGUUCUGGUCUCAGCGUGGAACUAUGAAAAAGCUGUUGGGGGAGUCGACCACAGCCUUCAUGGAGCGGCUUCUCGAGCGAACGAUCGAACGGGAAGACAUCAUUCAUAGCGGGCCCGCGGGUCAUCGCUGA